CUGCAGUAUGCAGUUUGUAUACAGCGUCUCGGGUUACUUAUUUUGCACACAAAAGUUUCCAAUAAGAUCGCGGUGUGACAAGAAUAAUUUAGUUGGCAGCAUACGGUAGAUGGCAAUGCUUGGCUAGAGAGGUCCAACGCAUCAUUGCUUCCUUGGCAAACAUAGAGAAGUAGACAAUAUAUUAAUCCGAACGUUCCAACAAUGCCAGCAGAAGAGUGCCAACGUGGAAAUGGCCAACCCUACUAGUUAACGCAGGCGCUCUUCUUGUUCCAUCCUUGGGACUAUAGUUAUCUGCCGGUGUACACAUGGUUAUGCAACUCUACUGUCUGGACAACAGCGACGCUGCUUGCCGCUCGGAAGAUUAUCCUUGUGGCAAUCGGCUCGCUUGGCAACUCACCGUCAUCCGCACUAUCAGCAGGUCCUUGCUCGCUCCAAAGCAGGGCCAGGAUAGCCGUGACACAGCUAGCACCGAUGACAUACCUUCUCUUGCGGUCGUGUCUAGCGCUGGACGCCCAGCGCUUUCCGUCGCGCCCACAUCGGAUGCUGCGGCCUUGCUCGGCCUCGACAUCGCUUGCCACAAUGGCGAGCGGUGCCAGUUCCUUGGGUCCUUACGGCUUGCUUUGCUAGCGGCGAAGCGCUCAUCAUCGGCGCGUGUGCUGGCUUUCUUGGCUUCACCGGCCGACCUCCCCCCCGAGCAGUGCCGCCAGCUGAGCGCCUCCUUCGCCUCCGCCCGCGUGCCCCUCGACGUGGUGCUGCUGGCCCCCGCUGAGGAGCUGCCGCAGCAGCAGCUGGCCGCACUGCAGAUGCUCACGGAGACAAAGCGGUACCCACUGCCGGCUGACAGCAGCGGCACCGCUGCCACUGCGACUGCACACUCAGUGCCAGGGCAGCAGCAGCAGCAGCAAGGGCGGCCCGGGCAGCAGCAGAGGUGGGCAGAAGGUGUAGCGGUAGGUCGGCAGUCAGCCGGUGAUGCAGGUAUUGAAGGACAGGAAGAGGUGCAUGGCGGCGGCGGGAGGCAGCAGCAGCAGCAACAACAGCAGCAGCGGCUGUUCCUGUGGCCGCCGCCGUCGCCCUCGCUGGCGCUGUGGCAGCAGCUGGAGCCGCUGCUGGAGGAGUUGCAGCUGGAGGGGGCGGGCAAGGCGGCCGCGCAUGCCGAGUCCGGAGAGGACGAGGGGAGGGACCAGGGGCAAGAGAAGCAGUCGCAUGAGCAGCAUGAGCAGGGUGCACGAACGGCCACACCGAACCGCCUACCUUUCCAAACCUCCCAACCUUCCACCUCGCCCGCUUCUGCCGUACCCCCGGCCAUGUCCACCGGACGGCCGCCGCUGCCACGUCCUCCAAGACACCGUACCAGCGGCACGCCAUCCGCCCUACCGAGCAACCCAACGCGGGGCCCGUCUCAUCGGCCGUUGGGCGGCUUAGGCGGCGCGCCGGUGUCAUCAGGACCCCUGCCCAGCCGCAGCCGAGCGGCCCGAGGCGGCCUUGCCUCAUCAGGCAGCUGCCGUUACGAGUCGCUCGACUCGCUGCAACACCUGUCGCUCGACGGCUUUCUUCGGAGCUGGCUUCCCUCGUACGCCAAUGUAGCACGUGUACUGCAACCGCCGCAGCCCUCAUCGUCUUCAUCCGCUGCGGACGCGCGAAGCGGCAGCGCCAGUGGCGCAUCUGGGUCGGCUUCGGCGACUGGCGGCGGCGCCGCAUUGGGGCCCGGUCGUCUGUGCUACAUCAGCGUGUACCGGCUUCAACUGCCCCGCUGGCAUAGGCUGCUGGAGGUGCAUGCGGGGCGCAUGAACGAAAUGACGCUUCCGCAGGGUUCAACACCGCCGCAGGGUUCAGCACCCCCAACGUCAACCCCGCCGCCGGCGGCGUCCGAACCGCCGCCGGCGUGUAAGAACCCCAAGGAGGACGGUCCAAACAGCGGAACCACAGCUGCAGCAGCUGCCACGACGGAAUUGUCAUCACCGGUGGUGCUACCGCCGCCUUCGCCGCCGGCGCCUUCACGGCCAGUAGUGCCUCGCGCGCCCUGUCCGGUGCAAGUGCAGUUCAGCACACGCUGCAGCAGUGCAGCUGCUGCUGCCUCUGCCACUGCUGCUCCUCCUUCCUCCGACUCACCAUCAUCCUGCCAUUGGGUGUGUCCGGACCUCCGCCGCGGCUGCCUCAGCCUGGUAGCCUCGGUGGAGGACCCAGGGGUGGUGAAGCUGCUGUGGAGCGAGCGGCCGUCCAAGGCGGAGGCUGCCGCGGCGGCGGCGGCGGCUGCGCAGCGGUACGGCAGUAUCUUUGCGGCUGCGGAGGAGGCUGAUGGCGAGGGGGAGGGCGGGGUGGACCCGGCCGCUGCUGAGCUGGAAUUGACGCUGUCGCCCACUCGCACGCAGUUCAGGUUCGUGCCGCAUGCUCGCGGGGGAGGGGUGCUGGAGGUCUCCUCGCCUCGCAGUGUCGUACUGCGACCCGAGCUGCGCAAGACGCCACCACCACCGCCCACACCGCCACCGCCGCACAGCGACCAGGCAGUGGCAGAUCAGGCACAGUGCGGAGCAGCAGCAGCCACAGCCGCAGCAGCGGUGGGAAGCAGCGAGGGGUUAAGAAACGGAGGAGGUGAUGCUAGAGCAGGAGCGACGACGGCGGCAGCUGUGGGGUCGUCUGAUGCGGCGUUGCUGCCUGACAUCCUGCACCCUCGCACUGCCCAGGGGCAGCAACCCUUCGAGCAGCCGCAGAAGCGCUACUUCUUCUGGCUACAGCAGGAGUGGAAGGGGGAGGAGGAGGAAGAGGAGGGGGAGGAACAGGGCAAGGAGGAGGAGGGAGAGGAGGCAGAAGGGGAGGAAGGGCAGGGCGCUAAGGACGGGCGGAGCGAUGGCGGUGAGUGCAGCAGCAGGGCUGCAAAGGAGGCGGGCGCUCCUGGCUCGACCCUGAAGGGACCCGAUGAAGGUAGUUGUGCGUUGGCGGCGGCGGCCACAGCAGGUGCGCUUGCUACAACAGGUGGCAACGGAAACAGCUCCAGCAGUACCACCGGCCUCAACGGCAUCCCCACCGCGGCUCCCCGUCUGGCUGCCAGCUGCCGGCUGCUGGCUGAGCGGCUGCAGGCGCUGCUGGAGUGCCCCCCGGAGUUCGACCCGGGCAGGCACCGGGGCCGCGUGCGCUGCAGCAGCACCCCGCUGCAGCUGGGUCCGCUGCCCUUCGCGCUGGUGGAGGAGAUCAUGCGGGCGAGCGGCCGGGAGCUCAGCGCGGACGGAACCGUCACGCUGGCGCUCCCCACCUCCUCCACUGCCGCCUCCACCUCCGCCAACUCCUCCUACAGGCGCUCGCCUUCGCCAUCGCUGCGCAACUCGGGCUACCGCUCCUUGGCUGCUGCCGGUGCUGCCGGAGGCCAUACGGCAUCCAGAAACGCCAGCGACCGCGACCGCGACCGGGGCCGGUCCUUGCGCAUGCCGCGCUCCAUUCCCAGCGCGUUCAGGAUGAUUACGGAAAACGACGCUGCCGGGGCCAGCGGCAGCGGCGGCGGUGACAACGGGGGUAGUAGCCACCUCCAACUCGACGCUUCCACUAGGAGGCGGUCGGAGGAGGGUGCGGUGGGUGGUGGCGCUGCGGGGGCUACUAGGGACGACGGUGGCGGUGCAGCGCUGACGUCAUCACCCUUAGGCCAUGCGAGGAGUCAGGUGGGACAGCCGUACGGCAGGUCGCACCGGCAUGAGGAUGAGGGGGCGGCUGGUGCGGGGUUUGCGGGAGGCUGCGGCGGCACUCGGCAUGCUGACGGCGACCGCAGCGGCAGCGCUGGGAUGAGUACGGCACCGUUAGCUGCCGCCGUUAGCCCCUCCGUACAAGCGACGGAACGCGCCAAUGGUAGCAGGCGGCCGGAUGUCGUACGUGGAUUUAGCCGUACGACAUACUCGAGGAUAGGCCCUGGUGAGGCUGCGCAAAGAGUACUGCCAUCACAGCAGCAUCAGCAGCCAACGCCGGUUGCCGCCGCCUCCGCCACAGCAGCAGCUCCAUCGUCUGCCGCUACUGCAGUCCUAACUGCUGCUGCUGCCGUCGCAAAGGUUGACUCUCAUCCGCUGCUGGACGAUUCGGACUGGGGCUCCGAAGACAGCGACGACGGGGUUUCGGAGCCCGCAACAAGACGCUCCGAAACCGGCACGGGUGAAGCGGAACCUGCAAGCCCAGAGGAGCCCGGCUCACCUCCGCUGCCGUCGCCACGCGGCGAUUCCGCCUCCCUCGGUGCCGUAGCUAUCGGAAAGGGAGGUUCGGUGCCUACGGCUUCUGGUUCCGGUUCAGGUGCCUCCCGGGCCGUUGCCGGCGGGGGUGCUGCCCCGGAAGCCGCGGCGGCGGCGGCAGCAGCCGCGGCGGCGGCGACGCUGGCGGCCGCGGCUGUUGUGGAUGCGGAGGCCGCAGGCGGAGGGUCGCGUACGGCAGAUGACUCAACCUCGCUAAUGUUCGAACUUGAUUAAUUUGGUUGAAGAACAUGGGGGAAACUCUUGUACAACUCUAAUGGGAGCUUAGGAGCAGCUGCCGGCUGUGUAUUGGUCAGCGGUUGGUAGUUAGCUCUGCAAGCCUGACGGACAAUGCCGGCUGUAUUCGUGACAUAUCCUGACGUAGUUGGGGCCAUGACGGCGCGCAGGUGGUUCAAGAGGAGAACUCCUUAGUGUGCGGGGUUGGAAAUUGAAGAACGAAAGGGACGUUGUCUGUAUGGGUUGUUGUGCUGUGACAUGCGGAAAGGCAAUCUAGCUAAGUGGUUGUGGGCCAGCAAAUAUAUAGCUACCGCACAGUCUGUUGUUUUAAGUUGAGAAGUCGUGUAGAAGAGUACCGUACGCUUCCUGUGUUGUACUACCAUUGAGCGCAGGAUGUUGUCAGCCAACUUGCCCAUAGAGGGCCUAGCCGUGGCGUGUUGCUUGUGGUUCAGGAAUGUUGCCACUACCCUCACAGUUUUUGGAAUGCACGAGACGAGCUAAUCCAAGGAGCGGAACCCAUUGCAUUUCCCGCUGCGGUUAUCCUGGUUUCCUGCAGCCGCGUGUAGCGGUGUGCGCGCACUGCAGGAGGCAUGCUGCAUGCAGGCGGCGUGUCCUGGAAAAUUGAAGCAGCUGUGGCUUUAUGCAGGGCUGUAAGACUUGCGGAUGUGUUUUAGGAAGGGUCGGUGCGUAGGGUCUUUCAUGGAAUGAGUGUGGAAGGUACCCAAGCCAUUACAGGACCUUCUUGUUGCCUCGCAUACGCUUCUUGCUCGUGUAGAUCUUGUUUCCUUGCUGCAGGUUGCAGUUGGGUAUUGCGCACGCGGCAUGUGGUCUGAUGAACUCUUGUUCUGUCUGGAGUGACAACUGUGUGGGUGGACGGGUGGGGGGGGGUGUUGUUAAAGUAAG